AUGGAGAGUUUGACGGACUACGAGGGCGACCUCUUUGUGCCCAAGAUAGGGCUCGUGGAGGUGCACGCCUUCCAGGGCGUCCUGCAGCCGCUGCAAGCGGAGUUGGACAAGGACUUGCGCCGGAUCUUGGAGCUCGAAGAGGUCGACAUCGAGCAAGUGAUCAUGUCAGUUGUGGAUCCUGCUGGUGAGGACUACCCCUUGGUGUGGAUCUCCAAAGGCUUUGAGGAGUACACCGGCUACCAACAUGAGUGGGCUUUGGGCCGCAACUGCCGGUUCCUUCAGCCCAAGGAUCACGAGCGGAACCAGCAGUUCAACGGGGAUCAGCUCGCCAAGCUUCGACGCUUCAGCCGCGAAGGGAGGAAGUCCAUGCGUCCCACCAUCACCACCACCCUGGCUUUGCUGCUGAAUGAGCGAAGGAAUGGCUCGCCCUUCUGGAACCUGAGCUGCUACUUGCACGUGGAGGUGCUGGGCAAGAACUACAUCGUCUCGGUGAUGCUGCCCUUUACUCAGGAGCCGGUUCGCCUGGCAGAGAUGCUCAGCAUGGACCCCGAGGCCUUGGAGCAGCAGGCGCGGCUGAAGGCGCUGCUGGCGCGCCACGAGGGGGGCGCCAAGUUCACUUCUCUCCAGGCCGUGGUGCGCCAGCUGUUCACCGUCUUCUUCGAGGACUUUCCCACGUUGCUGCAGGCUCCUGGCCUACCUGCGCCGGACCGCUCAUUGAUGCCCAUCCUGGGGCUCGAAGUGAACGCAAACAACACCCAGGCGAUGGCUUCGGCAUUGAAGGCUGGGCUGCGGCACGUGCACAUCGUGCUGCCCAGCGGCCCCACCACUCGGGCCUCAGACGGCAGCGCCUUUGUGCGGAAGAUCUUGCCCCUGAAACUGGCGGAGGUGCUGAACAAUUUGCAGCGCCAGCACUUGCACUACCUCCGCGAAGCCAUGGUCAUCACAGUGCGCACACCGCCACACCUCGUCUUUGUGCUGGCAGAGGUGCGGAAGACCUUGGCCACGGCGGGGUACACGGUGCCGGGGCACCCUGGAGCCGCGGGCUGGGCAGCAUGGGAGUAA